CCGCCCACCCGUCAUCAGCCCCCACCCGCCCAUACCACCAUUGACAGCCGCCCUCCUGGGACUGAUCUGGAUCAUCGAGCUCAGCCGCGAGAUUGGCCUCCCGGUUGAUUCGGUCCCGCCCCGUUACGCCCCAAUUGGCCUCUUUGGGUCAUGCCCGUCACGGCGCCGGAGCUGUUGGGUCCCCAUUUGGAUUGAUCGCGCCCAGGUUCGAGCAUGGCCAGCCCCAGUCUGAGUCGUCGGGGCGUGGCUAACCACCACGGCCCGCCUCCCUCACCCGGGGCUGAACGGGCCGAUCCGUCCUCGGUUGGUGGGGGGGCCUUGAACGGCUCCUCGCACGAAGUCCACGAUGAAGGCGAAUCCUCGACCAGUCGCACCACGCGGGAUAGAUCCGGCGGUGGUGUGGGUGGACAAAGUGGUGGGAAAAGUGGCGGCCUCUCCUAUUCCAAGAGUAUUGUCGACAAAGAGCGCAAAAUUGGUCACCGAAGGGUGGACGACACCGGGCAGGUGUCGUACAAAAAAAUCCAAACCAACCAGCUCAUGGGCUCCAUUCAGUUGGGCAUCCAAAACAGUUUAGGAGCCCUAGGCCGUUACGAUGAGCGUGAUCUGCUCAUGCAGGACUUCAUGACCGUGGAUACGGUCUCGUUUCCCAAGCAUGGCUCCCAACUUACGCCCGCCCAUACCUAUUCCGAUUUCACAUUCCGGACGAUGGCGCCCCUGGCUUUCAGAUACUUCCUCAACCUAUUCGGGAUCAAACGCGAGGAUUUCAUGGUGUCCUUGUGUACGGAGCCUUUACGUGAGUUGAGUAAUCCCGGUGCGUCGGGUUCGAUCUUCUACCUGACCAACGACGACGAGUUCAUCCUGAAAACCGUUCAACAUAAAGAGGCCGAGUUCCUUCAAAAGCUCCUGCCCGGCUACUACAUGAAUUUGAAUCAAAACCCGCACACGCUCUUGCCCAAAUUCUUUGGGAUGUACUGCUACCAGUGCAAUCAGAAGAACAUUCGCCUCACUGUCAUGAACAAUCUGCUCCCCACCAACGUCAAGAUGCAUCUCAAAUUCGAUCUCAAAGGAUCCACUUACAAACGGAAGGCCAAUAGACAUGAACGAGCCAAGAAAUCGCCUACUUACAAGGACCUGGACAUCACCGAGUUCCUUCCAGAGGGUGUUCUUUUGGAACCGGAGACGUACAAUGCCCUCAUCUCGACUCUCCGACGCGAUUGCAGAGUCUUGGAAAGCUUUAGAAUCAUGGAUUACAGUCUGCUCAUCGGCAUCCACAAUCUCGAUCAAGCCAAUCGUGAAGAGUCUACUAGUGGACCCACCGACGGUUCCUCCUCUAGUCCACGCCCCCCUUCGGCUUCACGAGGAGGCAUUUCCUAUCACAACAAUAGCAACAAUCAAAAGCUGAUCUUGAAUCGCACGACCUCGGCCCAACAGAAACCAAAGCUGGUGGCUCAUUCCACGGCCAUGGAGUCGAUUCAGGCACAAACUGAGCCCAUCGACGAACAGGAGCACCUUCCACCUGGCGGAAUUCCCGCUCGAAAUCAUAAGGGCGAGCGGCUUCUGCUCUACUUAGGCAUCAUCGAUAUCCUCCAGAGUUACCGGAUGAGAAAGAAAUUGGAGCAUACCUUCAAGUCUAUUAUACACGACGGGGAUACGGUGUCCGUGCAUAGGCCUGGAUUCUACGCCCAUCGGUUUUUGGAUUUCAUGGCAGACAAAGUGUUCAAAAAGAUACCCUCGCUGGAUUUGCCCGAGAUUAAAGGCACGCACAGGAAGUUUCGAACUCUUGUCUCGAGUUUGAUAGGGGUUGGACAACAGUACCAAAGCAGUGCCCUGAAGCAUUCGCCCAGUCGAAAAAGCAAGCGAGAUUCCGUUAAAAAGAACUCGAUUGUGAGUGCGGCCCUGCAAGGGGGCAAUGCAGGAGGUGCGGGUGGAAAUUCGUCUGACGACCAAGCCGAUCCUAGUCAAAAAUAUAAAGAAAGUUCAGGUGGUUGGAACUCUAAAGAGCGUGCUCCCGCUCCCAUUUCCGCCGCCGCCGUGAUCGAAGCACAAGUGUCAGCUGCUCAGGGCUCCCAACAAAGCCACGCCUCACCCACUGCUCGUCAGAAGAAAUUAAUGAUGAUGAUGAUGACCGAGGCGUCUCAGCAAGCCCAGCAGAAUGACGACGAGUCCACUCAAUUAAACCCCAAAGACUCGCCGGCUCUGUUAUCGAAUAGUUCCAACUUGAUCUCACCCACCGUUAACACGACCACGAACAACACCGACACUACGACCACCACAGCCCACGAAAAGCCGGUGCCGUGUCUAGAAGGUGUGGAUCAAGCGUAUUUUGAGCCCUCAAAUCUCGAGGCCAUGAUCAAUUUACCGGCCGUGCUUUGGGAUCGACCUCAUGGGUCGAAAAUGCGCGUUCCACCUCCUUCCUCCUGUGUUGUUCCCAGAGGGGGAGACCUAGUUGCCGCUGGUGCGGCUGCUCCACAUUCCUCGGCUUCGUCGUCGAGCUCAUCGGCUCGAACCGUGAUCCAUCGAGGCAUUGCUGCGGGUUAUUCGGCCUCCACCAGAUCCUCUGAAGCCUUAUCCUCGUCACCGUCAGGUGCAAUUGGGGGUGGGAACAGCUCUUCGCUGACACGCCCCCGUAAUCGCUUGCAUGAGCAAGUGAAGCAUACCAGCACGGAAAUUAGUUCGGAAAGAUUGUCAGAAUCGCGCAUGAGCGAGGGCUACGGGAAUGAUCAGGGAACGCCUUCUCGAUUAUCAGUAGGCACGGGCUCUAUGGGUGGAGGAUGGAACACGCCCACGUGGACGGAGGGUACCCCUUCUUAUACUGAGUCUUCAUAUUCGGGAGAUCUAGCAGGAGCAGGCGGUCAGUCAUCUUUAGAGGCUGUAGAUGAAGCACUCCCAAUAGGAAUUUGCGAGCAAGUCGUGAAAGCAUCAUAACUAGGAACUAUAAGGACACGCCCUAUCAUGAAACUGAAAUUUGAGUUUCUACUUGUUCUUCUUCUCUAAGUUCAUUCGAUCCUCAUCUUCCAUGGUGGUUGAAGAGAGUUUAGACCCUUUUUCUGGUCUCGUCUGCGCUCCCCUUCAGGUCAUCGAGCCACCGCACCUAAGACAUCAAUAAUCACACCACCAUCACUACCAUUGCCACCACCAUCAGAAGCAUUGUCAAUAUCAUGAAAACAUCUUGCUUCUGAUUUUGUCUCCCUAGAUUACCAGCCAAAACGAAUUUGUCUCCGACCUCAAGUCUACUUUAAGAGGGGCCUUAUAACGAGGGCUCCUUGUUUACCAACAAUUAAUGAUGGUUUGACGACCAUCAACGAAGCUUACAACCAUACCAAAAUUCUACCCAAACCAAAACCCCAACAACAAAAACAUCAACCAUCACUACCACCACCACUUCCAACAUCAUCAUCACCAUCACCACCCACACCACCACCUACAGGCCUACCCUAUUUCUCUUUGAUAUGCGAAUACCAUAGCUAUAUAACUUUCAUAUCACCGUGUGAGUUCUUGGUUGCAUUUACAUACCAUUGUCAUAAUUACUCCUGUUAUUAUCAUUCUCCCAUGUUGGUGUUGUUAGUUUGAUUUGACUUGUUGCGUGAGACAAUGGGUUAUUAUUUGUGAUUUGUCAAAGCCUGCGGAGUAGUCGCAGAUCUAAUUUUGGUUGUAGGUUAAUGAACACAGGGGGUGGCUGGUAGUCGAAACCGAAAUAUUCUGCCUGCCAGAGCCACAACCUGUGUGCUAGUGUCUACCACAUAUUUAUGCUUGGUUUUUCAUUACUUUUUUUUUCAGACCAGACUGUAAGAGGCUGCUUGCUUUAUGAUUUUCAUCAAGUAUUAACUUUCAAAUGCAACAACACGGAAACGAGCUCUCUUGAAGCAUCUCUCUCGCUAGCUCUCUAUCUCCCUCUCGUUCUCUCUCGCUUUCUUCUCCCAUUGCCUCGUUGAUUUUUUUCGCCUCCUCCUCCUUCUCCUUCUCAUCCUUCUUGCAAAAAGCAUUGUUAUCGCUUAUGAAUACUAAGAUUGUUUGACAGAAUAGUGAAUACACACAAACCAAUGUUGCUUAUGAUA